AUUUUUGCUUCGAUAUUCCCUCUAAUCAACCAGAUUGGCGACGCGCUUGUAAAGCUCAAGCAGCCAUAUGGCGGGUUUCUUGAUGGUCUCAGAAUGUUUUCACCCAAACCAGGUACUAGUAUCUACGGCCCUGCCACCACUGUGAAGAUGGUUGAAACCAAGAGCCCGGAACCAAGUCCGCCAUUGCAUUUCGCAGAUGCCAAUGAAUUAGGCCAUGUGAUGUAUAUCCAGCAGCCAAAGGGCUUGCCAUCAGCAUGUUGGGGAGGCCUCAUGUCCACGCGUGCUCAGAAUUUGGGCGCGCUCGGGGUCGUUAUUGAUGGCCGAAUGAGGGAUACGCAAGAACACAGGGACAUUUCAUUCCCAGUCUUUGCCCGAGGAACUUCCGUCCUGGGCUCGAACACAUUCACGCGUGCUUCCGAAAUCAACGUGGCGUUGCAGUUUCAAGGUGACCUGUGGAUUUACCCGAACGACAUACUAGUCGGUGACGAGAAUGGAGUAGUUGUCGUGCCCCCAUCGUUAAUGGAACAAGUUGUGGAGAUCUGCCAGGAGCGCUCUGAGAUUGAUGGAAAGACAUUUGCCGCUUUGCGAGCGGGCGAGCCGAUGGGUCCGACAAUCAAGCGACUUCGCAAGUAUAGGAGAUACGUGUCGAAACAGCACAGCCUCCCAGCAGCCUACUACCGUGGCGGAACCUCUCGUGCUGUGAUCUUCAAUAAGGCCCAUCUCCCUCCGCGGCCUCAAUGGGAUGAUAUAUUUCGCGGUGUCAUCGGUAGUCCCGAUCCAUAUGGACGACAGCUUGACGGUCUUGGUGGAGGUAUUUCUAGCCUGUCCAAAGUCUGUGUCGUGGGGGAAUCUACACACCCCGAUGCCGACGUUGAUUACACUUUCGUGUCGCUAAGUGUCAAGGGCACCGAUGUUGACUAUUCCAGCAACUGCGGAAACAUGAUAAGUGCCAUCGGCCCAUUUGCCAUUGAUCAAAACCUUGUCCCUCCAAACAAUUCAGACUCGGCCGUUGUUCGCAUUCAUAACACCAACACUGGAAAAAUAAUCACUGCGACCUUCCCCGUAGUUGAUGGGGAGGCUUCGUCCUGUGGAGAUUUUACAAUUGAUGGUGUUGCCGGUACAGCCUCUCUGAUCCAAUUAGACUUCGUGAAUCCGGCCGGCUCAGUAACUGGAAAGAUGUUACCAACAGGCAAUGCGAUAGACGAGUUUGACGGUAUCCCAACUACCUGCAUUGAUGUUGCAAAUCCAUGCGUUUUUGUCCAAGCAAGUCAAUUCGGCGUUCGAGGAGACCUGACGCCGGAGGAAAUAACGACUCACCCGGAUCUUCUCACCCGACUUGAUUCGAUUCGGCGCCAAGCUGGAGUCAAAAUGGGCAUCGCUACGUCAACCGAGUCCGUCCCUGGAAGUAUUCCGAAGAUUUGCUUGGUUUCUGCGCCAGAAUCCUCUAGUCCGGCCGCACCUGUCGAUUUACUUGUGCGGGCCAUCUCUGUUGGCCAGCCACACAAGGCUGUGCCAAUCACUGUUGCACUAGCCAUUUCUUCUGCCGCCCGGGUCGCUGGCAGCACGGUUGAAGCUGAGAGCUGCAAGAAUCAAAUAAGUGAUGCAGGUAUCACGAUAGGCCACGCAAGUGGAAAUUUGCUUGUUGGAGCUCAAUUUGAUAAGGGCGAGCUGGUUGCAGCAACAGUGUUCCGAACAGCGCGUCGCCUAUUAGAGGGUAACAUUUACUGGAAGAGUUAG